AGUCAAUGAACAAGUCUGAUACUAUUCACAAUUAGGAAAAUAUUGAUCCAAACAUCAUUCGUAACUAAUCUUCCUAACAAAAGAAGAUUCCAAGAAGUUCAGGAUAAAAAACUCCUUGGAGUGCAAAGUAUUAUUGAAUUAUUAUUUUUAAAAGUACUGGAGAAAUAAGUCAUUCUACCAAUGAUGAUAUUGAAAUAUCAUGCUUUUAAGUAGGACCAGUUAAGGCUACACAACUUUCACCUAAUUAAGUGAUUGUUUGUUAAUCAAGAUUAGAGUAAUAUUUGACUUCAAAUAAUGUUCCUGACAUACUUUCCUAUUUAGAUGAAUUUGAAGACCUUGAUUGGGUCAAAUCCAAUUAUAUUACUCAUAUUAUUGAAAUGAUAGUAAAAUAAGAAAAGGAAUAUUUAAAAUAAAGGAUUGUUGGUUUAACAGCUAUAUUAACUAGUAAGAAUUAUUUGCUCACAAGAUAAAUCAUUAAGCUAAUAUUUAGUGUUUCAUCUAGAAUUGGAGCAUAAGAAGGUUACUAUGCUUUACAUGAAAUAGAUAAUUUAUUAGAAUAAAUGAUUUUAAAGGAAGAAUUAUAAUAAUAUCAUUAAAUUUAAUAUUUACCAUUAAUAUUAUAUUGUUACACUCAUUAAUUAUUAUAUUGGGGAUUAGUAGCAGAAUGUUGGGAUUUAUUGAAAUUUAAAUUAAAUAGAGAGAUUAGUGAAUAAAUAAAAGAUGAAUUUGAGAAGACAGCUUAAAAGAUUUGUGAUAUGCUUUUAAGAUAAUUGAUUGAGUUAAGUAAUUAAAAUAACCAUUGGUUAAAAAUAUUCAAUGAAGUAUUGACUGAGGGAGUAAUAAAUUUGCAUCCUUCAGAUAUAUUUUUUAAUAAAUUGAUUGAUUUUGCAUUUAGAAAAUAAUAAGUAAAUAUGGCUGAAUUUUUGUUAAUAUUUAUGAGAGAUCAUGCUAAGAUAUAGCCAACAAUAGUUACAAUAAAUACAAUGAUUGAUUAAUAUUUCAAGAAUAACUAAAAGGAAAAAGCAUGGAAAACAUUUGAGAAUUUGAAAUUAACAUCAACAAAACCUGAUAACUUUACUUAUACUACUUUAAUUAAUGGUUUAAAGAAUUCUGAUAACAUGGAUUUGAGAUUAGCUUUUUAAUUAUUUGAUGAAUAUAAGUAAAUUAAUCAACCUGAUUAAAUAAUAUACAAUUGUUUAUUAGAUGCAUGUAUAAAUGCAGGAGAUUUGAAUAGAGGAUUUUAAUUAUUGAAUGAGAUGAAAUAGUCAUAAUCAAUUUAAUUAGAUGAGAUUACUUAUAAUACAUUGAUAAAAGGAUGUGGAAGAAAGAAGAGAUUGAAUGAGGCUAUAAAUUUAUUUGAAGAGAUGAAAUAGAUUGGAAUAAAACCAAAUAGAAUUAGUUUUAAUUCAUUACUUGAUUCAUGUGUUAAAUGUAAUAAAAUGAAUAUAGCAUGGAGAUAUUUUGAAGAGAUGAGAAAAUAAUAUGGAAUAUUUCCAGAUAAUUUUACAUAUAGUAUUUUAGUGAAUGGUAUAAAAACUAAUCAUUCAAAUAGAGAUGAAUUAUUAAGAGCAAUUUCAUUAUUAGAGUAAAUAUAAGAAACUGGUUAAUUCAAGCCAGAUGAAAUUCUAUAUAACUCAUUAAUAGAUGCUUGUGUUAAGUUCAAUGAAAUUUAGAAAGGAAUGUAAUUAUUUAAAGAAAUGAAGAACAAAUCUAUAGAACCAUCAUCUGUUACAUAUGGAAUUUUAAUAAAAGCUCAUGGAAAGAUGAAUGAUUUGAAUGGAUCAUUUAGAAUGUUUGAGGAAAUGAAAUAAAAGAAGAUUCCAAUAAAUGAUGUAACAUAUGGAUGUUUAGUUGAUGCUUGUGUUAGAAAUGAUAGAUUAGAUUAAGCAUUAUAAUUUAUAGAAUAAAUGAAAUCACAAAACUUACCAAUUAAUACUGUUCUUUAUACUACUAUUAUAAAAGGAUUUUGUAAGUUGAAUUAAACUGAGGAAGCAAUGAAAUAUUUCAAUUUGAUGAAAUAAAAUUAAAGAACAUAUCCUAAUCUUAUAACUUACAAUUCCCUUUUAGAUGGAUUAGUAAAAAAUGGUUUGAUAAAUUAAGCUGAUAAAUUGUUUUAAGAAUUAGUUGAAUCUACAAUCAAACCAGAUCUAAUUACAUUUAGUACUUUAUUAAAAGGACAUUGUAGAAGAGGAAAUAUGAAGAGAUUGAAUGAAACUGUUUAAACUAUGUUAUUGUUCUAGAUUAAUCCAGAUGAAUCAUUAUUGUAAUUAAUUUUAGAAUCAUGCUUAAAUUAAUAAUAGUAUCAUAAUGGUGUCUAAAUUUAUAAUUAAUUUUAACAUCAAAUUCCACAAUCAACUCAAUUGUUAUUGAUUAUUAUAAGAUUACAUAGUUAAGAUAAGCAAUUAUUAUCAGCAUUGCCCUUAUUAAACAGAUUAUAUUAAUUAUUGGAGGAAAGUAGAAUAUAAAUUUAACAAUUGGAAACUACUGUAAAUUCUCUUUUAAUUUAUCCACUUGAUGAAUAGACUUAUCCAAUAAUCACUAAAAUUAUUAUACUAGCAUUGAAAUUAGAUAUUAAUGUCAAUAACCUUGAAAAUUUAAUUUCUAUAAACAAUUCAGAAUUAAUGCUCUUAUUACAAAAUACAAAUUAAAUACCAUGCACUAAACUAUCAUAAAUUAUUAAUUCAUUAUCUACUCAAGAUUAACAAUUGUGCAUGAAUUAUAUAUCUAAGAAUAAUAAGAAUGAUUUAAAAGAACCUUUGAAUGAAUAGUUUGGUCAAGUCUUUUUAUCUUGUAAUAGUAGUAAUAACAAUUAAAAUAAGAAAACUAAACCAUAAGAAAGAUCUUCUCCCUUUAACAACGAAAACAAGGAGAAUGUUUAUCAUCCCAAGAAAUAGUACAACAAUUAUUCUAAAAAUGACUUGAAUGAUUACUUAAACAAUAAGUCAUAUACCAAGAGAAGAUGAUUAAUUAAUUAAUAUUAUA